AUGUCUCACCGGGUGACUCUGAGCAGAGGUGGCCACGGGGCCCGAACCCAGGCCCACGCCAGCCCGCUGCCGCCCCCUCCCCCUCCUGGUCCCCAGCUGUUCUUCCACCUUUCCCGGGAGCGAGUGUUCACGGAGGAGCGGGCCCGGUUCUACGGUGCCGAGAUCGUGUCCGCGCUGGAGUACCUGCACUCCAGGGACGUGGUCUACAGGGACAUCAAGCUUGAGAACCUGAUGCUGGAUAAAGACGGCCACAUCAAGAUCACGGACUUCGGGCUCUGUAAGGAGGGCAUCACAGACGGCGCCACCAUGAAAACCUUCUGUGGGACGCCGGAAUACCUGGCCCCGGAGGUACCAAGCCCCCACUCUUAGGUGUAUUACGGUAGC